AUGCGGGCGCCACUCUGCCUGUUGCUGCUCGUCGCCCACGCCGUGGACAUGCUCCCCCUGAACCGAAGGAAGAAGCAAGUGGGCACUGGUCUGGGGGGCAGCUGCACAGGCUGUGUCAUCUGCUCAGAGGAGAAUGGCUGCUCCACCUGCCAGCAGAGGCUCUUCCUGUUCAUCCACCGGGAAGGUAUCCGCCAGUACGGCAAGUGUGUGCAUGACUGUCCCCCCGGCUACUUCGGCGUCCGCGGCCAGGAGGUCAACAGAUGCAAAAAAUGUGGGGCCACAUGUGAGAGCUGCUUCAGCCAGGACUUCUGCAUCCAGUGCAAGAGGCGGUUUUACCUGUACAAGGGAAAGUGUCUGCCCACCUGCCCGCCGGGCACCGCAGCCCAGCAGAGCACACGGGAGUGCCAGGAGGAGUGUGAGCUGGGCCCCUGGGGCAGCUGGAGCCCCUGCACACACAACGGGAAGACCUGCGGCUCAGCCUGGGGCCUGGAGACCCGCGUGCGGGAGGCCAGCCGGGCCGGGCAGGAGGAGGCAGCCACCUGCCAGGUGCUGUCUGAGUCAAGGCAAUGUCCCAUUCGGAGGCCCUGCCCAGGAGAGAGUAACCCCAACCAGAAGAAGAGCGGGAAAGAUCGGCGCCCGCGCAAGGACCGGAAGCUGGACGAGGAGACCCCAGAACCCGGAGCUGUGGGUGCCUCCAGCUCUGGCCAAUCCCUGGAGGCAUUUCCACAGCCCUCAGCCACCAGCUCCCCUGGGAACCCCCUGGAAGCGUCUCAGGGCUUCCUGAUGCCCCAGCUGGCCACGGAGGAGCCACGACGACGGGUCAACCAGCCCCGUGCCCUCCUGUGGUGGGGCUGUCAUCCCUGGAGGAACCACCAGUCCAUCCUAGAAGAGGCCAUGGAGGCUGAAAGGAACGUUGAGAUCACCCAGGCCACUCUGUUCCCCCCUGGCUCCUCCUACCAGUGGUACACCACUGGGGAAACUGAGGCCUGA